AAGGGAGCCGCAGAGAGACAGAUACAUUGUUAUUUUGUUAUGAGCCGAAGAACAGUUAGGAUGCGCUCGUCUGGUGGUGCAUUCCUCUGACUGGAGCCACCUCUCGCUGCAUUCACUGCCAUCCACUCGAUUCGACGACCAUUUUCUACUCGCUUCAAAAAUGUUCACGUUUGUUGAUUUUAAAAUGAAUCUGUCCGUUCGCACUCUGUUCGUUGUUUUCAUCUUACUCAAUAGUUUACUUCUGUGUCCAGCAUUGUCCAUUGACGAAUUCUACCCACAUGGAUAUGGCAACGAAGACGCUUCUCUAGAUAAAGCCGAUGAUGUUUCGAGUCUUGAAAUUUUUCUGAAAACUCCUAUACGUUUCUAUGGUGAACUGUUCAGCUCGAUUUUUGUGAACAGCAACGGUGUGCUAUCAUUUCUGACGGACAUCCCGACGUUUUUCAACAUUCAAUUUCCGCUGGACUACCCGGUGAUUGCGCCGCUCUACACGAACGUGGACCUGCGAGGCUCGGGCAGUGUGUUCUAUAGGGAGACACAGGCGCCUCACCUGCUGGCCAAGGCAUCCGACAGCAUUCGCUCGCUCUACCCCAACCUCGCCAACCAGUUCACCGCCACCAGUCUUUUCAUCACCACCUGGCUGGAUGUCGGCUACUACAAACAGGGAUCCGACAAGUUGAACACGUACCAAGUAGUGAUCGCAAGCGAUGGGGAUGAAUCGUUUGUUCAGCUGUUGUACAAGGACAGCGGAAUCCAGUGGAUCCAGGGCACUGGCUUCGGAUCCGGUCUGCCCGACGCCCGCGCUCAAGCCGGAUUCGUGUCCACGGAUGGCCGCUCCUACACUUUGAAAGGUUCCGGCACUGAUCAGAUCAAGAAUUUGGACAAAUGGACCAACUCUGAUAAACCUGGCUUAUUCACUUUCCGAGUCGGGCAUGUAGAAUCAAGUAACGUGGAACCUCCUCAGACCACAUUGGAUCAUGACUCAGAAGCAGAUGUAGCAUUGAGCUGCUCAACUAGCUCGACUGCAUGUCAUAGCCAGGCAACUUGCAACGACAUCGCCUCUGGAAUUUGCUGCAUUUGCAGAAGCGGCUUUUAUGGCAAUGGAAUCACUUGCCUUGGAGAUGAUGUAGCAUUGAGCUGCUCAACUAGCUCGACUGCAUGUCACAGCCAGGCAACUUGCAACGACAUCGCCUCUGGAAUCUGUUGCAUUUGCAGAAGCGGCUUUUAUGGCAAUGGAAUCACUUGCCUUGGAGAUGGUAUUCCCCUGAGAGUGAACGGCAAAGUGCACCUGAACAUCAACGGACAGGUGACGCCUGACGUGGACCUGCAGGCGUACAUAGUGACAGCUGACAGCCGCAGCUACAUCGCGCUGAGUCGUGUGCCCGCGCAGGUGGGAAGCAGUCUGCAGCUGCUGGCCCCGUUCGCUUCCGUCACCGGAUGGCUAUUCGCCAAGCAAGUCGCUGACUCCAAGAAUGGAUACCAACUUUCAGGUGGUAUCUUCAACCACACGAUGGAAAUGAAAUGGCAGAAUGAGAACGAUCCAUACAGUAUCAAAAUAACCCAACGUUUUCUGGGACUAGAUGUAUUCGACCAACUCAAACUUGAAGCGGAAGUACAUGGCAAUCUCCCUAGAUUUCUACCCAAUACUCACAUAAAUAUGCCAGACCAAACACAUCAUUUCACUAAAAUAGGAGAUGGUAUAUUGAGGUCACAAUCAACUCACACACUGCAUGCAGACAAUGGACAACAAUAUCCAGUGGCAAUCGACCAGACAAUAUUAUUCAAAGAAAAUUGCGGACUGGAGUCCAUGAAUUUCAAACUGAGGAAUGCAAGAAACUUAAUCAGCUAUGAAGACCAAGAGAAGAUUGUUCGAUUCGCGUUGACAACUAAGAUCUCGAAGGUGUCAGAAAAUGACGAUCCUUGCUUAGAGGGACAGGUCACAUGUGUUGCAAACAGUUCCUGUCUGGUGGAGGGUGACUCAUUCCGCUGUGUCUGCAAUCCAGGAUUCCGGACGAUGUACAGUGGGGACGGCGACGACUACGGGUGUGUGGACAUCAACGAGUGCUCGGAGGGAACGGCCACCUGCGACCGCAACGCCAUCUGCAUCAACCAGGUCGGCUCGUUCGGCUGUCAGUGCAAGCCCAACUUCUCUGGAGAUGGCUUCCAUUGCACAGAAAUAAUAACAUCACCAUGCCAGUCGGAUCCCAGUCUUUGUAAUCAACCCUUCAGCUACUGUGUAAAUAGCAGCGAUAUUUCAACCUGCUCUUGUUAUCCUGGGUUUGACAAAAUUCUACGUGACGAUUCUUCGGCAUUCCAUUGUGAAGAUAUCAACGAGUGCACUUCACAAGAUCUUGUUUGUCACCUCGAUGCUGUUUGCGAGAAUACAGAGGGAAGUUUCGAAUGUCGAUGCAAUCCUGGAUUCAGAGGCGAUGGUUUCCAUUGUGAAUAUAUUGAUGAGCAUGACACAUGUCAAGCCGUUGCCUGUAGCAGAGAUGCGGACUGCUUUGAAGAUCCAUACGAUGGAGCCAAGUGUGUUUGCAGGACAGGAUUCAUUGGAGAUGGCCAUACCUGCAGGCUUCAACCUUACACAGGAAAUGAAAACCGAAGCGAUUGCUCGUCCUGUUCAAGGUAUGCCUACUGCCGAGAAGGCCGCUGCAUCUGCAACCAGGGGCUACUCUGGCAAUGGCCUCUACUGUACAGUCAGCUCCAAAACCACACUGAAGACAUUAUUCGAAUUCAGUAUAAUUACGCACAUUUCUUUUCUCCACUAGGAAAUGAAAACCGAAGCGAUUGCUCGUCCUGUUCAAGGUAUGCCUACUGCCGAGAAGGCCGCUGCAUCUGCAACCAGGGCUACUCUGGCAAUGGCCUCUACUGUACAGUCAGCUCCAAAACCACACUGAAGACAUGCCUGGCUGACACCUGCUGGUGUCCUCCCAACUACGUCGAGGAAAGCAGCUCUUCACCCAUUUGCAUUCUCAGUGAACCGUCCAGUCCAGGAGUCAUCAGCGAUCCCUAUGGCGACAGAUACAAUGCAUCUGGAUAUGGAGAUUCAUGCAACAAAAUAAACAACUGUCAUCCCGAUGCUCAAUGCAUCUACAUCACUGACGACCAGUCAUAUCGCUGCCGCUGCAAUGCUGGCUUCGAAGGAGAUGGAUUUGAUUGCACUGAAACAGAAGUUUCGUGUCAUGAAGUAGAUCUGUGUGACUUGAAUGCAAAUUGUGUCUACGAUGCUGGUUCUGGAAAGUCAAUUUGUAUAUGUAAUCCAGGCUACCAAGGCGACGGAACUUUCUGCUACAAAAUCAGCAAUGAGCGGUGCAACUGUCACCCGGACGCCAACUGCCUGACUGAGCCGAGCUCAGGCCAGUCCUACUGCCAAUGUCGGCCCGGCUUCAGUGGAGAUGGUGUCACCGCCUGCCAACAGACAGCGCUGUCGUCGCCUCCCAACUGCAACCUGCUCAACAACUGUGCGCCCACCGCUGUCUGUCUCUUCAGCAACGAACACAACGAAUAUCGUUGCAAGUGCCGGCCGCUUGCAGAAGCUUAUACUGGCGGAGAUGAAUUCUUAUUGGUGAACCAAGGUAUGGCAACCCUUAGAGUGCCAUUCCAUCCUUCAAAAUCUGAUCCAGGAUAUCCUAUACAAUUAAAAACUGAACAAAUCGCUAUUGGACUUGCAGCAGACUGUGUUGAAGGAAGAGUUUAUUGGAGUGACAUAAUGUCACGGGCCAUUAAAAGCUCAGCAUACAACGGCAGUGAAUUAGAAGAUUUCAUCACUGAAGGUAUCGAAUCCCCAGAAGGAUUAGUGAUAGACUGGAAAAAUAGAGACCUGUAUUGGACAGAUUCCAGAUCAGAUGACAUAAGCGUUAUGAAUCUCGAUUCCAGAGAGACGAAGAAAAUUGUCACUUCUGGACUUGUCAACCCGAGAGGAAUUGCCGUUCAUCCUAGGAGAAGGAAACUGUACUGGUCGGACUGGAACCGAGCUAGUCCAAAGUUGGAGUACGCUGAUCUUGACGGAUCCAACAAGGCUAUCCUGGUUCAAGGGCCAGCCGUACAAUUGCCCAACUCUCUGGCCAUAGACUGGCAGACCGAUGAGCUGUGUUGGGCUGAUGCUGGAACUAAAUCAAUCGAAUGUAUAAGUCUGUCGACCAAUAUUAGGAGGACAGUAGUGACCAAUUGUAACUAUCCAUUUGGACUUGCAAUUACGAAUGACAAAUACUAUUGGACAGACUGGGAUACACAAAAAAUUGAAAGCUCCUGGAAACACUCUGGUGAAAGAGCCGAAUCUAUUCCUGUGCCUCUGGGUGGAGCGGGCAAGCUCUAUGGUAUUGUGCCGGUAACUGGAACCUGUCCUCCUUCGUGAUUACUCGGCAUUCAAAGACUUUGAAAAUCAAAACAAAUUGAUAGUCACAACCUCAUCAUUUGACUAAUUCAAAUGUGGCAAUAAAUGUUUUCAGAUUGAAUUUGGAGCAAUCGCCUGAAAUUCAAGAAAAACUGAAAUUUGAUGUACCAGUACCUAAUCAUAAUUCCUAUUAUGUUCAAUAGAAUAGUUUUGAGCGAUGCCUGUUAUUCUUUCCCAAUCAUAAUUUAUAUGAUUUGUAAUUGUAUUCACAAAUGAAUGAAAAUUGAUAAAUUUCCCUAUACAUUUUUUUGUUUAAUGCUUGGGAUGAAUAAUGUCCAUAUCUAUAACUAUUUUAUCCAUUAAUGCCUAAUAAUAUCCAUGAAUUUGUAAAUUUGAUGCUUUUGAAAUAAUGGUUAAUUUAACUACUCUGUACCUUGUUUGUUUUUCUUUAUAACAUGACUUAUUCUGUAGCAUCAAUAAGAGUCCGAUGGUAUACAUUAGCUUUAAAGUAAUUGUAAUUGAUUGGAUGUAAAAAGUUUGUAAAUAAAAUGGACCCACCUACCACCCGAAA